CGCCGGGCGCGGGGCAUGGCCAGACUCCGCGAGGGCGAGGCGAGGAGGCAGCCGCCGCCGCCGCCGCUCCCGCCGCAGCCGCCGCGCCCGCCGCGCCGAGCCUCCCCCAUGAGCAGCAGCGGCGGCGCGGAGCCCCCCGCGCAGCCCGACAGCAUGAAGGACCUGGAUGCCAUCAAGCUCUUCGUGGGGCAGAUCCCGCGCAACCUGGAGGAGAAGGACCUCAAGCCGCUCUUCGAGCAGUUCGGCAAGAUCUACGAGCUCACCGUGCUCAAGGACCGCUACACCGGCAUGCACAAGGGUUGUGCGUUCCUCACCUACUGUGCCAGAGACUCCGCCAUCAAAGCCCAGACGGCACUGCACGAGCAGAAGACUUUGCCAGGGAUGGCACGUCCGAUUCAGGUGAAACCCGCGGACAGCGAGAGCCGUGGAGGUAGGGACAGGAAGCUCUUUGUGGGCAUGUUAAAUAAGCAACAGUCUGAGGAGGACGUGCUCCGGCUCUUUGAACCCUUUGGGGUCAUUGAUGAAUGUACAGUGCUCCGCGGACCUGACGGUAACAGCAAAGGCUGUGCUUUUGUAAAGUUCUCAUCCCACACAGAGGCUCAGGCAGCAAUCCACGCACUCCACGGCAGCCAGACAAUGCCCGGCGCCUCCUCCAGUCUAGUGGUGAAGUUUGCUGACACAGAUAAAGAGAGGACCCUCCGUCGUAUGCAGCAAAUGGUGGGGCAGCUGGGGAUAUUCACACCAUCUCUCACGUUGCCGUUCAGCCCAUACAGUGCCUAUGCGCAGGCUCUGAUGCAGCAGCAGACAACGGUUCUCUCCACCUCCCACGGCAGCUACCUGAGCCCUGGCGUUGCCUUUUCCCCUUGUCACAUCCAGCAGAUCGGUGCCGUCAGUCUCAACGGGCUGCCAACCACUCCGAUUGCUCCAACAUCAGGGCUACAUUCACCUCCUCUCCUGGGAACAUCAGCCAUGCCAGGGCUGGUAGCGCCCAUUUCAAACGGAUUCACUGGAGUGGUGCCAUUCCCAAAUGGCCAUCCGACUUUGGACACAGUUUACACCAAUGGCCUUGUGCCAUACUCAGCCCAGAGCCCUUCAGUAGCAGAGACUUUGCACCCAGCCUUUACAGGAGUUCAGCAGUACGCAGCUGUGUAUCCAACCACCACCAUCACUCCAAUCGCACAGAGCAUUCCUCAGCCGCCUCCCAUCCUGCAGCAGCAGCAACGAGAAGGUCCUGAAGGCUGCAAUCUCUUCAUCUACCAUCUCCCUCAGGAGUUUGGAGACAAUGAGCUGAUGCAGAUGUUCCUGCCCUUUGGCAAUAUCAUCUCCUCCAAGGUGUUCAUGGAUCGUGCCACCAACCAGAGCAAGUGUUUUGGUUUUGUAAGCUUUGACAACCCAUCCAGUGCACAGACUGCUAUCCAGGCCAUGAAUGGCUUCCAGAUUGGUAUGAAACGUUUGAAGGUCCAGUUAAAACGACCCAAGGAUGCCAACCAUCCCUACUGACAGCAGCAAGCAAGCAGGAGUCACUUCUGCAGCACAGGUGAAGGGAAAGUCCAGAGGAAGAAUUUCUGCUUCAGGUUGAUUUACAGAGGCCAGUAAAUUUAUGAACUCUUUUGACAUCACCCCUUUCUUUCCUCUGCUCCUCACCUACCCACCCCAUCUGCCUUCAGCCCGCCUCCUCAAAAACAUGAAAUUGAAGGGAAAGCUCAAUGUCUGCCCAGCAGGAAGAUUUUUGCCACAAUGGACUCACAUAUUUGCUGCUAAUGUGGUACGUAGCAAAGGGACCAGAAAAUCAGCAGACCCUGGGGACCUGAAGCUCUUCCUCUUGGGGUAUGCCUGGAGUACACAGCCCAAGAAAACCUAGUGGUGUGUCUCUAGGUUACCACAGUGAUGUACGGGACCUUAGCCACCCCCACCUCAUCUCCUGUCCCUUUCAUAGAGAAAUAUAUUAUAUAUAUAUAUAUAUACACAUAUAUAUAUAUAUAUAUAUAUACACACACACACACACACACACACACAGAGUCUCUAUUUUUUUUUUUUAAGUGACUCACAGGACCAAACUUUUCCAUUCAGAGACUGACUCCUUGCAAGAGGGGUUGGAAGCAAAGGGUUUAACCUCUGCAACAGUGUCUCCUCAGCAGGCACUGCAAAUAGGCCUGAACAUUUUGAGAGGAUGGACAAAGAGCAAGGGAUAACACAUCUCUCUGCUCAACAUUAGCAAGAAGCAAGGAGAACGAGAACUACAUACCUCCAGGAUUGGGGCACAGCCAGCUACUCAGCUCAAGAGUCACUCACCCACCAACCUUAGCACCAGCUUGGUUAAGGAUCUCAACAGCUCUCAACAGCUCUCAGUCUUAACCUUCCAAGGGCUUCUGCAGACCAAGCUCCCGGAUAUUGGUGCCAAAGCCUAUUCUGAACGCUCCCAGAUUAGGCUGAAAGCACAGGAAAUCCCUUUACCUACAGGAACUGUACUGCCUCCGCAUGCAUGGCACAGACCCACGUUUCAUAGCUCUCCAUGGUAACAGGGAAUUUUCUUGAUCAAGGCAAGAGAAGAUGAGAGAAUGCGAGCAAACACCAUCUCCAGAACAGAGUGACAGAAGCCUCCCAGGGGCUACACACUGCCUCCAUGUGUCGGAAAUAACCUAAAGCUGGUUAGCAGGCAUUUCCAACCUCCAAACCGAACAGGACAUUUUCUCCCACAGAAUUUAACAAGGGGACUCGCCUCUUAUACCCUCUAUGAAGCUUUUCCAAGCAGACACAAGAAGGAUAGUAUGACAAAAGAAGGCUGCUCUGUUUUUUUCUUCCCCUCCAAAGGACAGAUUAUACAGUAUGCAGCAUAUAUAGAUAUAGAUAUAUAUAUGUACACUUAAGCACAGAGCAUAGUUCAGAGCUUGAUUAACAAACAUCCCUAGAGUGGGGGAGUCUUACUGACAAGGCGCAUCCAUUUAACAACUUGAAAUAGUCCCUUUAAGUUUUACCAAAAUACAGAAAAAAGAAAAGCCUUCUGAAUAAUUAGUUUCAAUAUUUCAGAGUUUGAUAAGGUACCAAGAACAUUCCUGUGCGUGUGCGUGUGUGUAAACAUGAACAGAGGGUUGGUGGAGAAAGGUCAAUGCAACUGAUACUAAAGAGAGAUCUGAGGACUUCAGAGGACCUCAGCCACUUCUCAUCCUCCUCCAGUUUCCCUUUGUUCAGAUGUCUGUGGCCCAGUCCUUCAAGUACAUUCACAUCUCCUCAACCACCCCUCUGUAUCUGAGCCUGAGAGUUUAUGAGAGAGAUGGAUGAAGCAGUGGAGGUCUGUGUGUUUCUAUAGUCCAUGUUUACUGAUUGUAAAUACCAUUUUUAUACUUAACAUCUAUUAUGUACGUGAUUUGUAUAAUGUAUUUUAUUUCUGCUACAAGUAAUUUCAUGAAGUUUAAACUUCAUCUAAUUUUGAACAAAAAAGAAAAUGACCAACAAACACAAAAUGGGAAAAAAGGACUUUGGAAAGUCUAGGUCAAGCCGGUUUAAAAUAAGCAUUUAUAAUCAGUUUCUUCCAUCACAGUUACCGAUGUGACUGUAAAAUGUUACAGGUGAGAUACAAGCUUCGUCAAUGUCAAAUUCCUCGCUCUGGUCUAAAAAAAUCUUAAAUUUAUUUAAUAAAAGUUUUACUUGCUAAGUAA